CGGAUCCCUUCGUGGAACGAACCUCUUCCUUUCAACGUUUUGUGCUCAAAUUCGAAGCACAAGUUAGACUCGAACUUUUUAGGAGCAUAGCAAGAAAUGGUUGUUCGGGAACGUUGGCUGCCGCCUAUGGUUAACUGCAGACGUCUGGCUGUCGACAGCAUCCAUCUACAACUUGUUAGCCAUCUCGUUCGAUCGCUAUAUGGCCGUUCGGCAACCGAUACGAUAUCCAAGUAUUUCUUCAAAACGGGUCACUCGCCUACUGGUGGCUCUCGUAUGGGUGUUUUCCGGGCUGUUGGCUUUAUGUCUAUUUGUUUUGGAGACGUUAGCCAACACCGAGAAGCAGGAAUGCACUCCAAUGAAGCUACCCAGCCUCUACAUAAUUUUCUCAGCAUCAGCUUCAUUCAUCGUUCCAGCUGCUAUCAUGGUGACAGAGAAGCUCUCGCUCCAUUCAAGUGAACACAGUAGAAAGGCAACUCGCAAGGCGUCACCGAUUACAGAAACACCUUCCGAAAAAGGUUAUGAUCGUUCACGCGCUCGAUUCAUGCUCCGGACCGAACUACGAGUGGCCCGUACCACGGCUGUGGUCGUUGGGGUGUUCGUGAUUUGCUGGUUCCCUUUCAGCACCAUUUACGUGCUUCAGGCAUAUUCACUUUGUUUGAUGCCCGAUUGCAUCACAAACACAAUGUAUGUCAUCGCUUUCUGGCUCGGUUAUGCCAAUUCAGCAGUUAAUCCACUGAUCUACGCAGCUUUUUCGAGAGAUUUUCGGGCUGCCUUCCACAAACUGGUCGUCCGAAGAAAAAAAGGAUCCUUCCAAAAAUCAAUCUAUAAAGGAAAGCCGUUUUGA